GCCAAAUAUUUGACAAACUAGCUUUCGUUGGCUAGCGAGCUAGGAGUUAAAAUAAUACACCGAUUAAAAAAAAAAACAUUUCCCCACAUUUGAGCCGCUCAAUUUUAUGCCAAGGAUUUAGGUUUCCGUGUAAACAGGAUGUCAACUCCAGCAAGACGACGUUUAAUGAGAGAUUUUAAACGGCUGCAAGAAGAUCCUCCAGCUGGAGUUAGUGGGGCCCCAUCAGAAAACAAUAUCAUGGUGUGGAACGCUGUCAUUUUUGGACCGGAGGGAACACCCUUUGAAGAUGGAACCUUCAAACUUACCAUUGAAUUCACAGAGGAAUAUCCAAAUAAACCUCCAACAGUGCGAUUUGUCUCCAAAAUGUUUCAUCCAAAUGUGUAUGCAGAUGGCAGCAUAUGCUUAGAUAUACUCCAGAAUCGUUGGAGUCCAACGUACGAUGUCUCUUCAAUCUUAACUUCAAUACAGUCUUUACUGGAUGAGCCAAACCCAAACAGUCCAGCCAACAGCCAAGCAGCCCAGCUGUACCAGGAAAACAAGCGGGAGUACGAGAAGAGAGUUUCUGCUAUUGUUGAACAGAGUUGGCGUGACUGUUGACCCCCGUUACUGUUCGUGUUUGAACAGAGUCCAGCCACAGAGUCCGGCCCCGGAUCAAGAAAACGACUGAUCUCACAGAAAUAAAAUGGCACAUCUUAAAAUCCUUCUCAGUAUAUUUGUCGCUAAGUUUGUAUGCUGUUGUGUUGUGGCAUUCACUCCUGCCGAUUGCUAUUGUUGGCCAAUAGCAUAUGUUUGUUAAAAGUUAAUGUACCUUGUUAUAUUUGGGUUACUUGCUACAUGCCCCAACUCUUUUCUUUCCAAAAAAAGGCAAAAGCCAAUCUCUCAGUUGUCACUUUUCUACCUGUUUAUUUACACAUGAAGUAAACUGGUUGGAUGACACAGUGACUGUUAAUUAGAUGUGCUUGCUGUGUAGAUAGAGACAGUUCAUAUUUACAAAAAAAGCCGUUCAGGGGUGUUUUUUCUUCCGUUUCAGUGGCCUCACUCCUUUUCUUUUUUUUGUAAUAGCCUUUCAGAGGGAUACAACAAACUGGCAUGGACAUCCAUCCCUCUAACAACCCAACAGAUGCCUUGAGGGUCUUUUUCACUCAACUGCUCUUGUCAGGCCAUGCCUUUAGAUUUUAAGAAAGUUCUAGAUAUUGUUGAAUAUAUAUGUCCCUCUUCAACACCGAAACAAGACAUUUAGUUCCCUUUCUGGGAACUUAACUUUGUUUCCUGCACAGAGUUUCAUGAUGCUGACAUUUAGUGAGUGAGAACAUUUCUAUGCUAUUUUACAAUCUUACAUAUCAGCUGACGUAAUAAGCUGAUGAUACUGUUUAAACGGGAUGGUGUCUGUUUUCUGAUUAUAAGACUUUGCACUGGUAACCCAUUUAACAACCUGUACAUUUUCUUGUAAAUAAAAUAAAUAUACAUCAGUU